AUCACCUCAGGAGGUCUUGCCUUGCCCCGCGCGGCCGAGGAGUGGCUUCCGGGCGUGUACGCAUGGUUCCGCCCCUAUCCCUAGCCCACCCUAGUACUUGAUCUGGUGGAUUUGAGUCUGGAAUUAGACUGCGUCAGGGUUCUCGGUGCCGUAGUUACCCUCGGUGCUUCCAGGUUUUCGAUGAUACCAUGCAAGCUUCGUAUGUUAUGGAGUUACCUUAAUGGUCAAUUGUGCCAGAGAUGCUGCUCUCCAUAUGUUCGAUGAAAUGCCUAUAGCCAUGCUGGGGGCACGUGUGCAGCUGAAGGGGUGGCAACAGGCGGCUGUUGCAUUUGGUUCUGCAUUUGGGGCCUUGCUUGACCCUAGAAGGGCUGAUCUGAUAGCUGCUCUUGGGGAGACUACUGGGAAGCCAGCAUUUGAGCGUGUGCUUCAGCGAAUGAAGAAUAGCGCAGAAGGCAGGGAAGUUCUUUUGGAGCGUCCUCGUGUUAUCUCCUCACAGGUUUCUCAUGCCUGGGACAUGCCCCAGAACACAUUCGGUGCAGCCUAUGCUCAGUUCAUGGGAUCAAGGAACUUCUCGCCAGACGAUCGCCCACCUGUCCGUUUCAUGGACACCGACGAGCUCGCCUAUGUUGCGACACGUGCUCGUGAGGUGCAUGACUUUUGGCACGUGCUGUUCGGCCUUCCAACAAACCUGAUUGGCGAGACGGCCCUCAAGGUGAUAGAAUUUGAACAGAUGUUCCUCCCAAUGUGCAUGCUGUCAGUUGUCGGGGGCUCUGCAAGGUUCAGUGAGAAACAAAGGACGUUGUUUUUCCAGCAUUACUUCCCAUGGGCAACAAAAGCAGGUCUCAAGUGCACGGACCUGAUGUCUGUAUACUAUGAGAAGCACUUCCAUGAAGAUCUGGAGGAAGUGAGAAGAAACUGGGGAAUUCUACCAUGCUCUGAUCCCAAAAGGAGAGGUGUGUAGACUGAGACUGGCAUAUUCUGCGUGAACUUGUAUUUAGGUUUCAUCUUUGCUUCUGUCAGUUCGUUCUUUUGGAAUAACGUCAUGAGCAAUGUUUACUGAUACCUUAGCAAGUUACAAAGUAUGUACGCUUCUGACAUUUGCAAUGCUCUGGGAGUCGAACAAGUUGCUUAUAUUAUUUAUACCUGAGAUUUACUUCGAUGUUUUUUA